CAGCAGUCUUAUCUGUGGGCCGCCCACAGCAGGGGCCGACGGGAGCUUUGAGGAGCCGUUAGAAAGCACGUGGCCCUCGUCUGAUCUGGCAGCUCGUCCUCGUUUGGCCUCGGCUGCAUCAGAGCGCCACUUCUCCCCAGGUUCACCAGAGGAAACACCACUGCACACAAUGCUUUUCCUCCCAGCUGCUGCUCUGUGCUGUCUGUGUUCAGCACUGCUUACCAUGGCAGCAGAACAGCUGAUUCAGGACGAUUUAACAUUGACCAGGAGAGUUGGAGACAAAGUCUCCUUCAGCUGUAGGACUGAACAGUGUUGGAGCAGUAUACCCUAUGUGUUCUGGUACCAGAAGAAAGAAACAGAAACAUUCAGAGUGAUUGGGUGGACACCUCUGAGUAGUGGUAGUUGCACCCUUACUAAAGGUUAUGGUCAUCCUCAGAAAGAUGAUUUCUCUGCUGAGAAAAAAGAAAGUGCCUGUGAGUUGAAAAUAGAUCAAGUUAAACUCGAUCAUUCAGCCACCUACUACUGCUCCUGUUAUAAAUCUGCUCCCCACAGAUGGUACCUCAUCUUUGGCUCUGGAACCAAACUGAGUGUAACAGCUCCACCCAGAGUCCAUGUGGAGGAGAGCAGCUCCCUGCUGUGUGUGCCCCCAGCCAUGUUUCCUUCUCUGGUCCAGCUGUCUUGUAAAAGACAGAAGAAGAACGGCGGGCUGGAGGAGCUGCCCCCUGCUGAGGGAGAGCAGCUGCAGCUGAUCCAUGAGAACAGCACAUAUAAAUGCAGCUGCUACAUCAAGGAUGGCGGCAGAACAGUGGAGGCCCAAACACAAGAAGAGCUUCCAGCUCCAGCAGCCUCCUGUCCUCCAGAGAGAGAGCCAGCAGACCUGCCAGCUCUGCAGCCAGCUGACUGGUCCUUCCAGUCUCAGUGCAGGGUGAAGCUGCUCUGCCUGCUGUCCACAGUGCUGAUAGUGAAGAGUCUGGUGUACUGCUGUGGACUCUCUCUGCUGAUGAUCCUCAGAAACAAGGGAGCGUCCACCAACUGCACACAUGCUGACUGACUGUUUUCUGCUCGCCUUUUCUCACCAUCAAAUCUCAUCCAUUCAUCUCAUUCAUCACUUUGAUCACCAUUCACACAUCUGAGUUAUGAUGUGUUGUGCUUAUUGUUGCUUUGAUUCCAUAGUUAGAAGAUCAUCUGAAAUCAAUCAUCUUUACA